AUGAAGGAUGAGUUCAUACGCAAGAGACAAAGUAAAGAAAACUUUGUUAGUAGAAAUAAAAAGUACUUGUUAACAGGUGCGGCGAUAGUUGCCGGUGCUGCUUUGGGUCCUUUCGCGGUUACUGGGUUAGUAGCAGCAUUAGGAUUUGGUGAAGCUGGUAUUGCUGCUGGAUCUAUUGCGGCAUGGAUGAUGUCAUUACAAGGUGGAACUGUCGCUGCGGGUAGCCUUGUGGCGACUUUACAAUCGGUUGGUGCAGCUGGUUUAGGUAUUGGGGGAUUUCUUGCUGCCAGUACUGGAGGGGCUGCAAUUGCUAAAGCUAUACUAGUGAUAUCGGAAUCGAAUCCUGAAGGAUUAGCGGAAUUGGAAAAUUUUGUUUCCAUUUAUGAAUUUAGUGAUACAAAAUUGAUUUUUGACAUGAAGCAACCACUUCUCGUAAGUAAUGAGAAUGAAAAAUUAAAAUCAUUUCUCAAAGGGUUUGACUUGGCUAGACAAGUUUCCCAAGACAGAAUCAGGAAUUUCGAAUUUUUGGUUUAUGUAAAAUAUGUUGAAGGCUCUAAAUUUUUGCAUAAACACUUGAUCAACACCUACGGAAAUGAUCACGUUAUUUCGAAACCGGGAAGCUAUACCUUGAAUUUGAAUAAUCCUUGA